AUGUCGCAUGGCGUGGGCGACUACAAAUACUGCCGGCGGGGGACCCAGCACAAAUCAACGCGUAGCGACGUGCUCGCCGGACCCCCUGCGAGAGCGCAGGGUUGGAGACCACGUACUAGCCCUGGUCCCCCGCCGCGGCGACUGCGCCAACAUCUCUCACCUCUGCCUGUAAUGAACAAUACAAAUGUGCCAUUUGAGCCGCCGACCUUCGCUGUCCGCGCCUGCCCGGCCACACUGCUGCGCAGCCGUACCCCUGUACAGGAGAGACCCGAGUGUUCCUACGCUGCG